CAAUUUGGAAUUCAGAUUGUUCGCGAAUAUUCGAAAGCGUCGAAGAUGAGUACUUUGCCUAGGGUAUUUUUCGAUAUGACCGCCGAUGGCGAGCCCCUCGGUAGGAUAAUCAUGGAGCUGCGCUCCGAUGUCGUGCCUAAGACCGCUGAGAAUUUCCGCGCCUUGUGCACUGGCGAGAAGGGUUUCGGCUACAAGGGCUCCAUUUUCCACCGCGUUAUUCCCAACUUCAUGUGUCAGGGCGGCGACUUCACCAACCACAACGGCACUGGCGGUAAGUCCAUCUAUGGCAACAAGUUCCCCGACGAGAACUUCCAGCUGAAGCACACCGGCUCCGGUAUUUUGUCGAUGGCAAACGCUGGUGCCAACACGAACGGUUUCCAGUUCUUUAUUUGCACCGUGAAGACAGCUUGGUUGGACAACAAUCACGUUGUUUUCGGUGAGGUCGUCGAGGGCUUGGAUGUGGUCAAGAAGAUCGAAUCUUAUGGAUCGCAAUCGGGCAAGACCUCCAAGAAGAUCAUGGUCGCUAACUCUGGUUCUCUUUAAGAAUGCGUAACAAACGCAAGAUUACAAGAAGAAAAAUCUGUUAAGACGAAAACCAUUUGCAUUUUCUCCAAAACAUUUUUUUUACCAAUUACUGUAAUAUU